AUGGAGUCCCACGUCCAGCGUCUGGUAGACCAGACUUGGGAGAAGUUUUCGAAAUGCGAUCUCUCACAACGGCUGAUGAUCGCCAUCGCCGGCAUCCCCGGUAGCGGAAAGACGACUCUGGCGGCGACCGUCGCGCACGGGCUGAACAAAAAGCACCAUGAGACGAUGCACACACAGUUCCCCAACCGACCUGUCGCGCCGGACCCGUCGCAGCCGGACAUUGCGUUCGUGGUCCCGCUCGACGGCUACCACCUGACGCGCAAGCAGCUGGCCGAGAUGCCCAACGCGGAGGAAGCGAUUUACCGACGCGGGGCGGCAUUCACGUUCGACGCGCAGAGCUAUCUGGAGCUGGUGACGCAGGUGCGCAAGCCGCUCACGCCCGAGACGCGGACCAUCUACGCGCCCAGCUUCGACCACGCCAUCAAGGAUCCCGUGUUGAACGACAUUGCCAUCCCGCCCACGGCGCGCAUCCUGCUGUUCGAGGGGCUGUACACGGCUCUGGACGCUGACGGGUGGCGCGACGCCCACGCUCUCAUGGACCAGACGUGGUUUGUCGACGUGGACAUCGAGACGGCCUCGCAGCGGGUGGCCAAGCGCAACUUCGCCGCCGGGAUCACCCAAACGUUCGACGAGUCGCUGGCCAGGACGAGGGAGAGCGAUAUGCGCAAUGCCCGUGAUAUCCUGGAUCAUCGGUUGCCCGUGCAGGAGGUGGUGCCGAGCAUAGACGACGACAGCUGGCGCAGUGACGAGGUCUCGCGGCUGGAAGACGAAUUGGAGGCCGACCAGGAAGGUGAAGAUGUGCGGGAGAGCAAUCUCAGGCAGGCGAGGAUGUUGCGCAUGGACAGUAUUGCCGCUCUGGCUGCAGAUGGGGUGGGCAUGUGA